AUUACUAACUCUCACUUUGGACUCCAGCGCGCGCCCUCCUUCUUCGCGUCGACCUCGAUCUCCAACCUGACCCGCCCCGAGCUCGUUCUCAGACCUGAGAGGCCUUGAGCUCGUUCUCCGACCACCACCAACGUAGGUCCUCUCUCUCUUCUCCCCACCACCAAUACUGAUUUUCUAUCCGGCGUUUCAUCGUCUUUUUUCUUGUGAAGAGAGAGUGAGAUGGGAGCGGAGAAAGCAGAGGCGUCGUUGGAUUCGUUGAUCACCGGGUUCAACAGUCAGAUCUCAGAGCUCCAAGAGCUCGUUAUUGCUCGAAAUAUGCUCAAGCUCAGAUAUAUGGGUUAAUUUCAUUUCUGGUGGCUGGAGAAAACUGAAAAAGAAAUUAGGGAUCAUGUCUCGAUUUGUUUCAAGCUUUUCAGAAUGAGUCUACGGAUUAUAUAUGGUGGCAGGUAAAUGGGUCUAGACUUUGUUUAUAGCAUGAUUUUGAUGUUUUGGCAGGGAUUUGGGUAUUUGUUUCUGGUGGCUGCAGAAUAUUUGGUUCAGGGCGAUGGGCUACGGACAUCUUUAUGUAGAAGUACUUCUUUUUGCAGUCAUUGUUUUUCUAUUCUCCCAGAAAAGUUACAAGCCCCCUAAGAAGCCUUUAACAGAGAAGGAAAUAGAUGAUCUAUGUGAGGAAUGGGUUCCUGAACCUCUCAUUCCUCCUAUCACAGAAGAUAUGCAGUAUGAACCCCCAGUGUUGGAAAGGGCCACAUACAAUAGUCAAUGGCAAAGAAUCGACGCCAUUACUGACUUCACCCCCAAGUGAGGGUAGCUUGACUGACAUUUUAGUGAGGAAACCUUCGUCUUCUUCAGCUCCCAGUAUUGUGGAUCCAAAAGUGUUACUGGAACUCUUCUCGAUGUACCGUGAGUGGCAGGAGGAGAAUGUCAAAAAGCUGAGCCAAAAACAGGAAGAGAUAGAGAACAAGAUAGAAAUUGCGGACGCGUUGUCUGUUAAACUUAAGCAACGUUUUAAUUAUUCAGUGACAGCAAUGAAGACAUUCUCGCAACAUUUAUGUGGAGUUCAUGCACUGCAGGUAGAGAUUGGGGAACUUAAAGGAAGGUUGACGGAGGUUAUUAGCAACUGUGAUGCAGUGUGCAAGAGAAUAUCCGCAGAAGGACCAGAGUCUCUUCGGUCAUCUGUCAAGCCAUUAGUUAUCUGCACCGCACACCAAGAACACCAAUCUUGAUUGAGUAUUGUGCUGUGAUGUGCAGGAUUGUCAGGUGUAAUGGGGGUUGCUUGUAUUCAAGAAGUUGGGAAAGCCAGCCUCUUUUUUGAGUUAGGCUAGCUUUUAAUUAACAUUUUUGUAGCAAUUAUGAACAAACAUGAAUACUAAUUGCUAGGCUAGCCUUGUAGUAGGUGAAUUGGGGUUUUAUUUUGACCAUUUUGUAAACUGUUAAGGAUGAUGAUUUCAGAUAUAAUAGCUCAAUAUUCAAAUCA